AAUUGCAGACAGAGAUUUUUCUUUUCCAUAGUAAAAGCUUUUACCUUUAGAAUGGAGAAGAAACCCCAUAUCCAGAUUCGAAGAGUAAGACUUGGCAGUGAGGGACUGGAGGUUUCUAGAUUAGGCUUUGGAUGCGGGGGACUUUCCGGGAUGCUUAAUGCUCCUUUGUCACAUGAAGCUGGAUGUUCCGUUGUAAAGGAAGCUUUUUAUAGGGGUAUAACCUUCUUUGAUACAGCAAAUGUUUAUGGACAGAAUCAUGAUAACGAGAUAAUGAUUGGCAAGGCUCUGAAGCAGCUUCCUCGAGAAAGAAUUCAAUUAGCUACAAAAUUUGGUAUGAGCAUAUCAGAGGAGGGUCAAUUGGGCAUCAAGGGUACACCUGAGUAUGUACGACAAUGCUGUGAAGCUAGUCUUAAGUGUCUCGAUGUGGACUACAUUGAUCUGUACUAUCAGCACCGUGUGGACAUUUCAGUGCCAAUAGAGGAUACUAUGGAGGAGCUCAAGAAGCUGGUGGAGGAAGGAAAGAUCAAAUACAUUGGGCUAUCAGAAGCUGGUGUAGACACAAUAAGAAGAGCUCAUGCAGUUCAUCCCAUCACUGCCUUACAAAUGGAGUAUUCUCUAUGGACUCGUGAUAUCGAAGACGAGAUAAUCCCACUUUGCAGAGAGCUUGGUAUUGGGAUAGUGGCAUAUAGCCCUCUUGGCCAUGGUUUCUUUGGCGGCAAAGCAGUCGUGGAGAGCUUGGCUAAUGAGAGUUUAAUGGCUAAUCAUCCAAGGUUUAUUGGGGAGAAUUUAGAGAAGAACAAACUUCUAUAUGCCCGACUUGCCAACCUGGCUUCAAAGCAUGCCUGCACUCCUCCUCAGCUAGCUCUGGCUUGGCUUCUCCAUCAGGGAGACGAUAUAAUCCCUAUCCCUGGGACAACUAAGGUUCAUAAUCUUGAUAACAACAUCGGUUCCUUGGCAUUGAAGCUUACACAAGAGGAUUUGAAAGAAAUUUGUGAUGCUGUGCCCAUCAAUGAAGUGGCUGGUGAAAGAGAGAUGGCCUUGUUAGCUCAGUAUACCUGGAAGGUUGCAAAUACCCCAUCAAAGUAAUUGCAGAGUACAGACGUGGAAAGUAAAGAGCAAGCCUUCGAAGUUGUUGAAUUGUCCAUGUUAUGUUGUAAGGAAUAAUAAAGAAAUUUAUGAUAUCUUUCUAUCUGGUGGGAGAAAUGUAGCAUCGUCAUAUAGUGAUAAAUUUUAAUAAUAAAGCUUGGUAAUUAAAUUUUAAUUAUUAA